AUGCCUAUCAUUGAAGUUUUUCUGGGUGCGUUCUUAAGUGUGCUGUUUGACAGAUUGGCCUCUUGCGAGCUGUUGAAAUUUGCUCGCAGCGAGGGGAUUUUUACUCAGUUGACGAAAUUGCACAAACUGCUAUCGACAAUUAGAGCGGUGCUCAACGAUGCCGAGGCUAAGCAAAUAAGGGACGAAACUGUGAAACUGUGGUUGGCGGAACUGAGGGAUCUGGCUUACGAUGUGGAUGAUCUGGUGGACGAGAUUGAGACUGAAGCUUUGGCACAUGAAGUGAAUUCGGAGCCUGAGGCUUCCACAAGCAAGGUUCGAAGCUUCCUCCCUACUUGUUGUAGUAAUUUCCAAAGAUCUGUUGGGCUCAAAAUCAAAUUGGGCCCCAAGAUUGAGGAAAUCACUGCUAGAUUAGAAGAUAUUGCAAAACAAAGGGAUGCCCUGGGUUUGAAAGUCAAUCCUGAAGUAAGGUCAAACACAGAAACAGAGAGAACGACUACUUCCUUGGUGGUCGAGUCCCACGUUUACGGUCGGGAAAAGGAUAAACAAGAAAUACUUGAAUUGUUGCUCAACAAUGAAUCAAGUAAUGAUGAACCAUCCGUCAUUUCAAUAGUUGGUAUGGGGGGUCUCGGCAAGACCACUCUUGCUCAACUAGUGUACAACAAUGACAAAGUCAAGGAUUUAUUCGACUUGAGAGGAUGGGUGUGUGUUUCUGAGGAGUUUGAUGAGCUCAUGAUAACAAACAAAAUUUAUGAAUCAGUGUCCAAUGAGACUCGUGACUUCAAGAACUUGGAUACGGCGCAAGUAAAUCUUAAAGGCAAACUUUCUGGAAAAAAAUUUCUUCUUGUUUUAGACGAUGUUUGGAAUGAGAAGGGGACCAAAUGGGAUCUCCUCCGUGCUCCUUUUCAAGGUGGGGUACCUGGAAGUAAAAUUAUUGUUACAACUCGGAAUGAAGGCGUAGCAUCAACCAUGCAUUCUGUUCUAGCAUACCGUCUAAAAGCGUUGGUCGAUGAUGAUUGUUUAUCUCUCUUUGCCCAACAUGCGCUGGGUACAACGAAUUUUGGUGCCCAUCCAAAUUUGGAAGAAAUUGGUAUGGCUAUCAUGAGAAAGUGUGGAGGCUCACCUUUGGCAGUGAAGACACUAGGUGGCGUCCUGCGCAAUAGACGUAGCCCAAGAGAGUGGAAAGACGUACUCGAUAGUGAAAUCUGGGAUUUACCGGAGGAUAAGAGCAGCAUUCUUCCAACUCUGAGAUUAAGUUAUCAUCACUUACCUUCUCAAUUAAAGCAAAUGUUUGCAUACUGCGCCAUAUUUCCAAAGGACUACGAGUUUGACAAGGAGGAAUUAGUAUUGUUAUGGAUGGCUGAAGGAUUUCUGCAACAAUCACAAGGAGUGAGGAAACUCAUUCAAGAGUUAGGCGACGACUGUUUCAAUGAGUUGUUAUCAAGGUCAUUCUUCCAACCUUCAAGUAGCACGAAAUCAAAAUUCACGAUGCAUGACCUUUUGAAUGAUCUAGCUCAACAUGUUGCUGGAGAAAUAUGCUUUAGGAUGGAAGAUAAUACGGAGUGCAUUGAACGGUGUAGGAUUUCUCCGAAGGCUCGCCACUCGGCAUUCAUGCGCCAUGAGUGUGAAAUGUAUAAAAGAUUCAAGGCAUUUGAUCAUGAACUUCUGUCCCUGCGGACAUUCUUAGCACUGCCAGUUUACAGGUUACGCUGGUGCUGCUUUUUAAGUGAUAGCAUUUUAGUCAACAUCCUGCCAAAACUGUUGUGCUUAAGAGUCUUAUCUAUGAGUGGGUAUAAUAUAAGAGAGUUACCCAACUCGAUUGGAGAUUUGAAACAUCUUCGGUACUUGAAUUUAUCAGGGACAUCAAUUAAAUGGUUGCCUGAAUCAGUGAAUGGUCUCUACAAUUUGCAGACAUUGUUGUUGCGUGGUUGUCGGGAGCUUUGUAAGCUGCCCGCAGACAUUGGAAAUUUAGUUAACCUCUGUCAUCUUGACAAUGCUAAUACUCAAAAAUUACAAGAGAUGCCCCCCGAGAUUAGUAAGCUGAAAAGUUUGCAAACUUUGCCAAAGUUUGUUGUGUGUAAAAGUGGUGGAUUGGGACUUAACCAUUUGAACAACCUAGCACUUUUACGGGGGAUGCUUUCCAUUGUAGGAUUGCAAAACGUUAAGGAUGUGCGGGAUGCAGAGGAUGCCAAUAUAAAUCGUAAGCGGGAUCUUGAUGAGUUAGAAUUGCUAUGGAGUAGUGAGGAUGAAGAUUCUCAAAAUGAAGAGCUCCAAGCCAACGUACUCAACAUGCUACGGCCGCAUAAAGGAUUGAAACAUCUCAAAAUUGAGUUUUACAGGGGCGUAACAUUCCCCAGUUGGAUUGGGGAUCUGUCGUUCUCAAAAACAACGCAGAUUAGUCUAAAAGGAUGUACAAAAU